UCGUAUUAUUCAUGGCUCAAUUCUCUGUUUUCUAAGUAACAAAAGUCACGCGUGAGAUAUUAAAGUCACUAUAAAAGGAGAUCCUUUGCAUCUUCUGUGUUCUUGCUUGCUUUACUUCUUUCAUCUCUUGCUUUUCCCUCCGUGAUUUCUUGAUUCUGUCCGGAUCAAAGAAGACUCUUUUUGUCUUCUCAAGGCGGAUUUAUAUAGAAAUCACUUGCCUUUCUCUUGAAAUUGUUUAGAUGAUUUAAGGAGGGAAAAUAAGGAGAGAGAGAGAGAGAGAGAGAGAGAGAGAGAAGAAGACGAAGAAGAAAAGCAUCGUUUUUUCUUUAACUUUGGCAUUUCUCAAAUGUUGCGAAGGAGACUGCUCAUACUCUCUUUUUCUCGUGUUCGUAAGACAGAUUAGAAUUUUUGGUUUGUAGGGUUUUGUCUUAUCUGGGCGAUAAUGCCUAGAGAGUGAUUUAUAAGAUUAUUAAAUACUCUUUUUUUUAUUUCUGGGUUGUUGGGUUUAUCGCUUAAUUACGAUGCAAAGAGUACACAAUAAACCAAUUGAUUCCAUCGGAAAAACUCCGUCUGCCACCGUUAAACAUCACUUGAUCAAACAGAGCAACGGCGGAGUAACGGCGGCGGAUAUGCAGGAACCGAGCAUCGAGACGGAUAAGCUCAGCUACGAGAUUUUCUCGAUUCUCGAAAGCAAGUUCCUUUUCGGGUACGACGAACCCAAGCUCAUGGAAUCACGGAGCAGCUCCGAUCAGGAAACGUCACCGGCGAUUGCGGGAGCCAUAAACGGCGUCGUUCCGGGAUCGAUUAAGAACCAGAGAGGGAAAGUCUGUGUUUUGAGCAUCGACGGCGGAGGAAUGAGAGGGAUUAUACCCGGAAAGGCUUUGGCUUAUCUGGAACACGCGUUGAAAUCGAAAUCGGGUGACCCGAAUGCCCGAAUCGCCGAUUACUUCGACGUCGCUUCCGGUUCCGGUAUCGGUGGGAUUUUCACGGCGAUGCUUUUCGCUUCAAGCGACGGUGACCGUCCGAUCUUCAAAGCGGAUGACACGUGGCGGUUCCUAGCGAAGAACGGCAAAAGCUUCUACAAGUCACAACCGGGAAGGAUACUAAACCGGGUCAUGAAAACCGGGUCGAGUUCGAAGCUUGAGAAAUCGAUGAAGGACUCAUUCGCUGAGCUUACGCUUAAAGACACGCUUAAACCGGUGCUGAUUCCUUGCUACGACCUCACUAGCUCCGCACCGUUCCUCUUCUCACGUGCCGACGCGUUAGAAACGGACGGCUACGAUUUCAAGCUGUGGGAGGUUUGUAAAGCCACGUGGGCCGAACCGGGAGUGUUCGAGCCGGUUGAGAUGAGAUCAGUGGACGGUAAAACGCGGUGCGUUGCGGUUGAUGGUGGUUUAGCUAUGAGUAAUCCAACGGCUGCAGCGAUCACUCACGUGCUGCAUAACAAGCAAGAGUUUCCGUUUGUUAGAGGCGUUGAGGAUUUGCUUGUGCUGUCUCUUGGUACAGGACAGUUGGUUGAUGUGAAGUAUGAAUGUGAUAAGGUCAUGAAGUGGAAGGCUAAGCAUUGGUCUCGACCUGCGGUUCGGAUUUCUGCUGAUGGAGCUGCUGAUACUGUGGACCAGGCCGUUUCCAUGGCGUUUGGUCAUUGCCGGAGGAGUAACUACGUCCGUAUUCAGGCGAAUGGGUCAAGCUUUGGUCCGUGUAGACCAAACAUAGACACGGACGCUAGUCCAAGCAAUGUGAAUAUGCUGUUGGGAGUAGCAGAGGAGAUGCUGAAGCAGAAGAAUGUGGAAUCGGUUCUGUUUGGUGGUAAGAAAAUCAAUGAAGAGAGUAAUUUUGAGAAGCUGGAUUGGUUAGCCGGUGAACUUGUGCUUGAACACCAGAGGAGGAGUUGCAGAAUCGCUCCCACUGUAGCGUUUAAGCAAUCCGGCGAGAGAAGAGCCGAUCAGAAGACGGUGUUCAAGGAUAUUGAUUGUAUGUUUUGAAGAGAUUCAUCUUCUAAUUUAAGGGUUUUAAUUUGUAUAGAUUAAUAUCUUGAGUUCCGAGAAGAAAGCCAACAUCAUUUUCGAAGUAGGCCACUUUCUCGUAUAUUAUAAGUCCUAAAGGAUGUGUUAUUUUUGCUUUGUUAAAAUGUAAUUUCUAUUGACUCAGAAAG